UUUUAUUUUGAAAAUUGAAAAGGUCGUUGUGAGAGGGCUUCCUGUUAGCGCUGUCUCUGCAGCUUUUAUUUUGAAACUCCACGCCGGAUCUCCGCGUGUUGUUUAUAUGUUGUCCUCCGGUCCGUCUCACCGACUGUCCUCCAAACAUCGAACCCAACCAUGAGCGCUUUUCUCCGGGCUGCGUGUGUGCUGCUCCUCGGCCUCCUCUGGGCCCCCUUCUCCCCGGCCACCUGCUGCCGGUUCCAGAUCCCGCCACACGACCAGGUGGCCCGGGUGGCCCGCUUCGUGGCCCACCAGUGUGACUGGGCCUCCAUGGCCACCAUCUCCACUCACAAGCCGGUGGCCGGACAGCCGUUCUCCAACGCUUUCUCCGUCAGCGACGGGACGGAGGGCUCCGGGUCCGGGGUGCCCUACAUGUACCUGACCCGCAUGGAGAUCUCCGUGCAGGACCUGGAGGUGAACCCUCAGGCGUCUCUGUCCAUGUCUCUGGCUCAGACUGAUUACUGCAGACAGCAGGGCUUCGACCCUCAGAGUCCUCUCUGUGCUCACAUCAUCCUGUCUGGAUCUGUGAUGGAGGUGAACGGGACGGAGGCCGACUUUGCUAAGAGAGCUCUGUUCAGCCGACAUCCAGAGAUGAUCGACUGGCCGUCUGAUCACAACUGGUUCUUCGCCAAGUUCAACAUCACACAGGUGUGGGUGUUGGAUUAUUUUGGCGGGGUGAAGACCGUCACUCCGGAGGAAUACUUCCAGGCAGAGCCACACAGGAAGCACCACUAACGGUCAGAGCUGCUGGGAUUUGUAGUUCUGUUUGUUCACGCGAACUACAACUAGGACAUCACGAGAUACCUCUCUACACUGAGUCGUUCUGCCAACGAGAUCAAAUGUGUAAAAGUCUCAUCAGAGCAUAGAAAUAGAACAUGAAGAUGAAAUAUGCAAAAUGGAGAAAUGAUGUAGCAGGAAGUUAAAACUUGCUGCCUCAUGAUUUUUAAUGAUUGAAACUUACUCUAAGUUUGUUUGAUUUUAUUUUUAAACUUUCUUCUGCCGAUGUAAAAUCUGCAAACAUGAGCUUCUUUUUCAGACGUCGUGUUCGCUGGUUGUGUUUGUCUGUUCAGGAGGAUCAAACCUGUGACCUGGUUGCUGGUUUGAAUCCCGUCGGCUUUCUAUGAGACACACAAUCAACGUGAAAACUUCAUCAGGAGCUGCUGUUCUUAAUGUUUAGUGUCAAAAUCUGCAACAAGGACAAACAAAACAUGAAAAACUGAUUUCUGGCCUUCAAAAUAAUAUUUUAGUUUACUCAUCAUGGUAUUUAUCAGAAUUAGCAACAAUCAGCGGAUCAAUAUUUUGGAUUCAGUUUGGAGAAUAAAAUAUUUUCUAACAGAAAAUCCAACAGUGAACUUCUGCCAGUCGACCACACGAGGGAGCUGCUGAGUUCAACAUGAAACUACACAACAGAAUAAUUCAUAUCUUUAAUUUCUCUCCUUAAUUUACUUUAUAUUAAGUUAUGUUGAGUCACAAAAAUGAAAGUGAAAUUAUUAAAACAACAUUUAAAUGAAAAGUGCCUUUUUCUAUUCUCUUGCCUUUUUGUGGCUCAACACACCAAACUCCAUUCACUAAAACUACAAUUUAACAUGUGUGAUCUAGAAACUACAAACUGCACUUUAUAACUUUAUGAGACGAGCAAAGUAAACAACAGUAAAGAUUCAGACGUUACAGGAGCAGGUUGAUCUGCAGGCCACAAAAUGUAUUGAACUAGUUUUUAUUAUUUCUACUGAAACAGAUUGUUUCUAAAGAAAAACCCCACAGGAUCACUGUGUCGUCACAAUCGAUUCAUCUUUUAACUACAUCUCCCAUGAGUCUUAGCUGCUGGCAGGCUGUCAAGACCUCAUGCGAGCUGUAGUUCUUUGAGUUAAAACUAGAAACUCAUUUAACCUCAAAAGUGUUUUGAAACAGUGCAGAGAUCACACGUGGGGGCGGGGCUUGUUGUCAGCGUGAUAUAAAAUCAAUAACUGAUCAACAUUUGUGACGUCGUCUCGUACUCGGCUUUCUGCUCCUGAAUGCUGUCAUGAUAUUCUGACUUUGCUGUGAAGAUUUAUUUUUGGAGAAAAUAUUCAUGAAAGAUUUGUAUAAAUAAAGUUUGUGUGAACGAA